AUGCGGGCUUUUAUGCCACGACAUGUCCAUCUCUUCCUGUACUCCGUCUUGGCCAUCUUGCUCGGCUCAUUUGGCAAUGCAGCAGAACAAGAGCAACUGCGAGGGACCGUUAGUGCAGCCCCCAAGCGAGUGGCAAUAAUUGGCGCUGGAGCCGGAGGCUCGUUUGCUGCUUAUCAGCUGCGCAAGCUCGCAGAUGAAGCCGACAUCCCAGUCAAUAUUACAGUCUAUGAGCGUGAAUCAUUUGUUGGCGGCCGCUCAACAACAGUCAAUGUAUUCGAUGACCCAGCAUACCCCAUUGAACUAGGCGCUUCCAUUUUUGUCCAAAUCAACUACAACCUGGUCAACGCUUCCCGUGACUUCGGUCUGACGGUCAGUAGUGCUGACUAUGCACGGCCUAAGGAGGCCGAUGAGAGUAUUGGGAUCUGGGAUGGGAGCCAGUUUGUUUUCACGUUGAAUAAUUCGUAUAGCUGGUGGAAUAUCGGCCGGCUCUUCUGGCGGUAUGGACUGGCACCACUACAUACCCAAAAUCUGGUGAAACGGAUUGUUAGCAGGUUUAUCCGCCUUUAUGAAGAGCCCUUGUUCCCUUUCGAGUCUCUUACUGAGGCGGUUGUUGCGGCUGACUUAAUUGAUGCUACUGCAUUAUCUGGCGACACAUUUCUCCAGGCAAAUAGUGUUGACUCGCUAUUUGCGAGGGAGAUCAUCCAAACAAGCACUCGAGUGAAUUAUGGUCAGAACCUACAGCUGAUCCAUGGCUUGGAAUCAAUCGUUUGUAUGGCCACGGAGGGAGCGGUUUCCAUUGAGGGCGGAAAUUGGCGCAUUUUCGAUGGCGCGCUGAGAGCGUCGGGAGCGAAUGUCAAAGUAAAUACCACUGCCACUGAGAUUUCCCGCGGUGAUGAUGGGAGUGUGCGAGUCUCCUCAAAGCUAAACACCGCUACCGACUCAGAGCACGAAGCAUUUGACGAAGUUGUCAUUGCUGGUCCUUUGCAAUACUCGGGUCUCUCCGUCUCCCCUCCCUUGGAGUACACCCCAGAUGAGAUUCCAUACGUUAAUCUGCACGUUACACUAUUUGCAUCCCCGCACCGCAUCUCACCAGAAUAUUUUGGCCUGAAGGGUUCAAAUGCUCGAGCGCCUGAAACGAUUCUGACCACUUUGCCCGAGGGCCUUGAUCUGGGCUCGAACCCAGAUGGUGUUGGGCCCAGCAGCUUCUGGAGUAUCAGUACACUUCGAAAAGUGGAUCAUCAAUACGUUUACAAAAUCUUCUCGCCAAAGCGGCUCACGGCUGAAUUCAUUGCCCAGAUUCUGGGGCUAGAGAGUGAGACUGUGGGGGGCAAUACAACCAUUGGAGACCUUUCGAUAGGUGAUAUCAGCUGGUGCCACGAGAAGCUAUGGAAUCCAUACCCUCUUUUGUAUCCCCGUGUAACAUUUGAGGAGACUCUUCUGGCUCCGGGAGUGUGGUACACAGGUGGCAUCGAGAGUUUCAUCUCAACAAUGGAGACUAGUGCGCUGAUGGGCCGGAACGUGGCAACUCUCAUGUUCCAGUCGUGGCAGAAGAAACAAGAUCAGACGGACAAUGACGCCUCAUCCAGGGACGGAGAGCUUUAA